AAUAUUUUCAAAAGCAGCUCGUAAUAUGACAAAAGCAUUGCAAAGAGGGAUUUGGUCUUUUCCUGUAGUUUAUAGAAAUUUUCCUGGAGGAAGCUAAGUCUGGAGAUCUGCAGCAGAGUGGAGCCUUGGCUUGACUGUCUGGGACAGCUUCUGCUCACAGAUCCCUGAAAAGUGUGCAGCGUGGAUAAGGGUCUUGUGCGAGUGGUUGUCACACUAAUGAGGUGGAGAAGAUGACUCUUGGCAGGGGCCUCCUCCGUGUUUUCCAGGUCAGCACCAGUGGUUUUCCAGGGGAGCUCAGGAGCUGCCAGCAGCAGCUGCUCUGGGGUGGAAAUACCCCUCUCUUUAAGCUUUGUUCAAAAGGCUGGAGAAGGACAGCUGAUGCUGAGCAGGACAGGGAUAAGACCUCUGGGGAUGGAGUGCUGUGGGAGAUACCCCAUGGUCUGUCCAAGCAUCACUGUCCACACAGUGUGUGUGCACUUAGAGACCUCAGAGCACUUUAGAGGUUUUUAGUGGCUUUUUCACCGCAUGUUUAGGGUUUUGAUGUAAACUUUCAGUUGUAUUCUGUCUGUUGUAGGAAUGGGGGGAGGAAUGGGUUAUUUUUAAUAGCUUUACAAAAAGGUGUCGAAGGCAAGGAUGUUCAUGAGCAUGUUAGUCCAUGGUGCUGUGGUCUGCUAGGCUUGGUGAAUGUUUAACGAGGACUGGACCAGCAGCCAGGAGCUGUUUGGGCUCUUGGGAUCUGUUGGGAUAACUGUGAUUUUCAGUGUGUGGAGACAGACGACUUUCAAGAACAUUUGUAUCUGCUAAUCAUGCUAUAAUAACAGUCUGCAGUUGAGAGGCUGCAAACCCCCCAUUUCCAACACAGCUGUGCAUAUUUAAUUUGAUAGAAGGCAUUUCUAGACUGCUGUUAGAAGUAAUUCAGAGCGCUAAGGUGGUAAUUUUGAUCAUGGUGUUUUUUAGGGAAAUAUAGGUGUAAGCUACACUGAAAAGUUAAUAAAUGCCUAGUAUGAUACAAACACCAGGGAGUGAGGAGCAGGGACAUGGUGUGUGUCUGCCAGCGCCCCACCCUGCAUCCUGGGCUUGCUGUAUUCCUGCCUUGCUGAGCCAGCAGCAAAGGAAAGCAACAUCCUGGGCACGUUAGCUUGGUGAAGGAAGUUCUUCCUGACCUGUUGCCUGUACCACCAAUUUGGGGCAUUGGGGCAGUCAGGCCAUUUGAUGGAUCAGCAGUGCUGUGGGAGCUGGCAUGACCUGCUCCAUGGGGAUGCUUUCAGCUGACCACAGGAUUUAAACCACCAAACUGGCAUCUUCAGGAAAAGAAGUCAGGAGGAGUGUGUGGUUUAUUUUCCUUCAUCUCAAGCAUAGCCUAGGAAAGCAAGUGCUUUCAGGGCUUACAAUGCAGUUUCUCUCUAUAAAAUAUGCUUUUGCAAAAUUGAUAGUUUCUGUAGGUUGAGAGAGUCUCAAAGGAACUUUUCUGUCAAGCAUCUAAAACGUACCAUUAUUUUUCUUCCCUGUUUUAACAGCAGCUUGAGAUUUACCUUUUAGCUCUCUGAAGAAAUCUCGAAAAUCUCUCUUUUUUGUAAAAAACUCCAUGGUGAAUAAAGCAAAAUAAUCCCAUUUUCAGGUGGUUUGUGCUUUAGUGUUUGGGUUGCAGAAACCAUGUGGAGUGCUGCUGUUUAUAAAGUACGUAAAAGCCUUUUUGUUUAUUUUGUUUUGUUUUGCCAUGAGAUGUUUUUUUGGAAAGAAUCUAGAAUGAUGAAGCAGCUGGUGGCUGAGUCUCCUGCUCAGUGUGCAGAGAAUGAAGAUUGGCUGGGAUAGCUGGAGUUAUUCACUGCAUGCUGUGGGCCACGUAAACACACAAACAGGCAAUUCUUGUUCACCAGGAGGUGUGUGGUAACUCAGAAAGCACCAUUAACUGUUCUGUACGUGUACUCACCAUGACACCACAUAUGGGAGGCAGCAGAUACAGAUCUCCCCAGCUCCUGUCCAUUACUCUGUGGGUGUUGGUGUGGCACAGCCCAUGUGGGUGAAAUGAUGAUGGCUGUAGGAAUGUCUCCUGUGCAGAGGGGAGGUCUGCUGUGAAUUUGCCCAAUCCCAACAUUGCAAUGCAUUUCAGGGAAGUGGUGUUUUCAUGGCAAGGAAAGCUGCUUCUCCUGCCUUGUGCUGCCUUGGAAUAAGCAUGUCCCCAUGGGAGGCUGUUCAAGAGCUGCCUACGGCAGGGAUGCUCAAGACAAACAAACUCAGGCAAGAGUUUUCAAUAGUAAUUACCUACCUGUUGAAAAAAGUUGAUGUUUCUAUAUGAAACAUGUUUGUGACUCCUUCAAUUCACUGUUGCCUAACUCUUAAGCAUUCAAAAGCAGUAGCAGAUCUCCCAGAACUGUGAAAUAGUUUGAAAGAUCUGAAAUAUGUAUGUGUGUGUAUAUAUAUAUAUAUAUACAUACACAUAUAUUACCAACUUGUUUCUGAGCUGUUAUAUUAAACCCAAAUCAUAUUCUCAUAGCCACAAGGGGUAGAAACUUUUUGCAUACUUUCUGAAGAGGAUCAUGCAGUACAAUUACAACAGCAAGGGACUGGAUGUAAUAACCCUGAAGAUUUCCUUCUGCUUUAUGUUUCCAAAAGUGGAGAAGAUCCUUGCAGAAGCUUCACCAGCUGGGUCUUUAGGAGAAGUACCAAAAAUUAUGAUGGUAUCAGAAGUACUGCUCACCUUCUGAGAGAUUCCCAGGAUGUAAGCAAUCAAGUGUUGCUUUACCAGCUAUGGAAAGACAGAAUCUUGCUGAAGAGCUGAGGCAUUCCUUGGAAAGUGUCAUGCAGCUGACAGGUCUGCUGGCAGAGCUGAUGGUCACAGCCAGGGCAGAAAUUCUUUAAACAAAACAGUCAAAUAGUCAGGGAAGUUUGGAGCUGUUUGCAAGAUCUACUGAGUUGGUUGCUCACCCUGUCAAAAGAAGUCACCAUCUGGGACAAGGACACACUGCCAGCAGCUGCCAUGGCCAGCAAAAGGAAGUCCACAACUCCCUGUAUGGUGCGAACCUCUGAAGUGAUGGAGCAGGAAGGUGCCGAGGGCGUGGAGACCCCUAAAGACAAAGGGGCUGGUGCAUCGCAGCAGGACUCCAAAAAAAAUUGGCCUUCAGAAAACUCAGUCAAAGACUGCGAAGUGGUCGAGGCAAAGCCCCCAGCUGAAAAUCAGUCUAAGAAACCCCAGGGUGGUUAUGAGUGUAAGUACUGCCCUUACUCAACACAAAACCUAAAUGAAUUUACAGAGCACGUGGACACUCAGCAUCCAAAUGUCAUUCUCAACCCCCUGUAUGUCUGUGCUGAAUGCAACUUCACAACCAAAAAAUAUGAUUCUUUAUCUGACCACAACACAAAAUACCACCCAGGAGAGACUAACUUUAAACUGAAAUUAAUUAAACGCAAUAAUCAGACUGUUUUAGAGCAGUCCAUUGAGACCACCACUAACGAUGGCACUGUCACAAGCAGUGGGCUAGAAAAUGCAGAGUGUGAUGAUUCGCUUCAUGGGGGAAUCAGUGCGAACAAAGUGCCAGUGAUGAAACCAGGGAAGCCUAAAGGGGAAACCAAGAAGGGAUCUAAAAAGCCAGAAGAGGGAGUUACGGAAAACCACGUGGAUGGCUCUCUCCCCCGCAUCAUAACUGAAGCCACUGAAGCUAUUGCCUGUAUAAAUGGAGACCUUCUCCAUGAUGUGUUAGCCCAUGUUAUGCCCUCUGUACAGCUGCCACCAAAUAUCAACCUUGUCCCCAAGGUCCCAGUCCCUCUGAACAGCACCAAAUACAACUCUGCACUGGACACUAAUGCAACCAUGAUCAACUCCUUUAAUAAGUUUCCUUACCCAACACAGGCAGAGUUGUCAUGGCUGACAGCAGCAUCAAAACAUCCAGAAGAACAAAUCCGAAUCUGGUUUGCUACGCAACGUUUGAAGCAUGGUAUAAGUUGGUCUCCUGAAGAAGUGGAGGAAGCAAGGAAGAAGAUGUUCAAUGGUACUAUCCAAGCAGUUCCCCAGACCAUCACCGUCCUGCCAGCUCCUUUGGCAACUGCAAAAAUGCCACAGCCUAUCAUCCAGACAGCUUUGCCUUGUCAGAUACUGGGCCAGACUGGCCUGGUUUUGACUCCUGUGUCAAAUGGUUCAACUGUUUCCUGUUCACCAAUUACACUUGCUGUUGCCCCAAACCAGGGGCAAAAGAGGACGAUUCAGACCUUAUCAAGUGCCCCAGAGGCCAAGCGUCCUCACAUAGUUCAGGUGCCUGAGAUUCCUGCCAAGCUGACUGCUGUUCCUGUGACACCGGCCAGCGAGCGGAAGAAGACCAAGGAGCAGAUAGCAGAGCUGAAGGCCAGCUUCAUGGCAAGCCAGUUUCCUGAUGAUGCAGAAGUCUACCGGCUUAUAGAGGCAACAGGUCUUUCCAGGAGUGAGAUCAAGAAGUGGUUCAGUGACCACCGGUACAGAAGUCAGAGGGGCAUUGUGCAAAUUCCUGGUGAUGCUUUAGGGAAAGAUCAAAUAGCACCUUCAGCUGGGCGACAUGGCCGGUCAUUUCACCCCUACACAGAUUUCACUCCCCAGAGGUUCAAAGAGAAAACUCAAGAGCAGCUUAGGGCCCUUGAGGAGAGUUUCUUAAAAUGCUCUUUUCCUACCCAGGGAGAAUUGGACAGGCUUCGAGUGGAGACUAAGCUGAGUAGGAGGGAGAUAGAUUCAUGGUUCUCUGAGAGGAGAAAGAUCAGGGACAGCAUGGAGCAAGCUGUCUUGGACUCAAUGGGAUCAUACAGAAAAAUUAAGGAUCAAGGAACUCCCAAUGGUGCAAUAAGCCAGGCAGAACUUCUGAGUAGCUCUCAACUCCCUGGUGCUUUAUCUGGGUCCUCCACCACACUGAAGAAAACGCAAGAGCAAAUUCAUCUAUUGAAAAGCACAUUUGCAAGGACCCAGUGGCCAUCACCCCAGGAGUAUGACCAGUUAGCAUCUCAGACUGGGCUCACAAGAACUGAAAUAGUUCGCUGGUUCAAGGAAAACAGGUCGUCGCUAAGAACGGGGUCACUUAAGUGGAUUGACCAGUACCAGCAGCAGUAUGCUGGUGAUGGUCGUAACAAGCAAAGCCAGAAAAAGAGCUCAAAACACGGUGAGAGUCCAAAGAAUGGUAAUGAGGUGUCUCGACAGCAUUACCAGGAGCACAAAAAACUGAAUGAAGAGAAUGGGGGGAAGCCAGUGGUGAGAGCAAAAAGAGACUGCGAACCUCUGAAAGACUCUUUGUUGGGGAAUCAAGCAGAGGGUGUGGAGAGGCUGGAGUGCAACAGCCACGAUGGCCACGGCAGCGAGGAGAACGAGGAGCCUGCGGAGGUCAGCUGGGUGGAGGUGACGGUGGGCGAGGAUGACGCUGCCUCGGACUGUACGGACAGCUGGAGCCAAACAGCCCCCGAGGGCCACACAGAGCUGCCAGACUUGGACUCAGAAAGUAUAUCUGGAGACAAUUCCCACGUAUAGACAGGGGUACUCCUCAGCUGCACUGUCCUGAUGUUGAAGGGGAAACGCUGUCUGAAAAUAGAAGAAAACUCUAUUUUCCUGCCUGGGUGAGAGAGUGUGUUGUGACCCCAAGUCUCAAACCGUGCUUGUGGAGGCACAGCAAGAAAUACUCUCUUGGAGCGUCGUCAUGGAAUUCUUGAUAGUGCCAAAGUCCUACUACUGCAUUGCAAAAGAGAAGAAAAAGGAAAAGGUUCUUGUACAUAGUUUUCUCUUAGUUUCUUCCCACCCACUUUCCUGCCCAGCCUCUUCCUCUGCUGCAACAGAUUUGUACAACAUAAGAAUUUUGUUAAUUUUUUUAAUAGGUGCAAGUUAUUCUUGCAUAUAAUGCAAUUGAGAAAUUUUGGGGUUGGUUGGGGAGAGGGAAGUGUCUUUUGUGGAGGAGGGAGGUUUGGUUGUUUUUUUUUUCCUGAAGUGUUCUAAGAAAGAGUUGCAAUCCUUUGGAGUUGUCUUGGUGCAGAUCAACACCUGAGCCCAGAUCCCCACUCCAGUUUACAUUUCAGACCAGUUAAACAUGUUCUGGAGCAGUGGGGUUUGAUUUUUUUGUUAUGUUGUUUUGACUUUUUUUGUUUUGUUCUAUGGCCACCUGCUACUGAUUGAAGUAUUUAAAUCUCUGCUUUUCCAUGCUCCUACAAGGCAAGUCUUCUCCAGCUCCUGUACUUCACUUUUCACCAGCCAGCCCCACCUAUGGGUCUCUGAAGAUUUGGCUGGAAUGCCUUUUAUUGAUUAUUGGUUUGGUUUUGGGGUCCUUUUUUUAGCACUUUUUGUUUAAACAUGCAGUACAACUCCCAGAGGGGUUGGAAUGAAGAAAUUAGGAUGCUUCAUAAUCCAAACUUAUUUGUGUUUCUUUGUCUGGUACAGCGAUGGACACCAUAACCAGCAGUCUGCCCUCCAGCUUUAGACCUUGUAGCGCACAGCAGAAGUUUCUUAUUAAUCCUUGCCACUAAAUUUUUAGAUCACUCCUAGGUUCCUGAGUGCACUUUUUUUCAAAUACUGCUAAUUUGGAUUUGCGUGGGGAUGUCUGUCUGUGCAUGUGUGAGGAGGGAAUGGAGGGAGAGCAGGAGCCUGGGUGCAAGAGCUGUCUGGUGCGUUCCUCUGAGGAGCUGGGCUGGAAAACUUGUCCACCUUUCAGUACGCUGCACAAAUAGGAUGCUAGGGAGUUUGAAUAAACCCAACUUUUCUAACUUGUUGCUCAUUUGUUGUAACUCAAUAAAACAAAGGCUAAAAAUUUUGCUAA